AUGUCUCACACCUUACGUAUCAAGGGUUCUUCCACAUUCUUCGAAGCUCUGGCGCUUGGAUUCGUUGCGACCAGCGCGUUGCUUGUGGUGUCGGCUUCUGCAGCACCCGCAUCGUCCGAUGCCGACCCAUGUGCAAAGAUAGCUGGCAUGACCUUCGUCCCGGUGCCGGAUGCUCUCGCCUGCCAGAAGUCUUUCGCGUUCAAUGAGACCCUCAGGGAAAACGUCAUGAGCGUCGUCUCCAACGUUUUUAAUUUCUACACCUUCGAGGAUUAUUAUCUCAAUUCCCCGCCUCCAUUCCAAGAGUCGACUGUAGACAUCCGCGGGGAGCUCGCUCGUAUCAACACUACACAAUAUGACACCGACUACGAUUUUAAUCAAGACCUGUACACCUUCAUCAAUCGACUUAACGAUGGACAUACUCAGUGGCAGCCUUUUUGCUACCUCAACUGGGAGAAUUUGCUUCCUACGCCGAUCGUCUCUCUCUCAGUCAAUGGGACCGAGAGUGUCUACAUUGCACCUGAUUCAGUCGAAUUCAUCUCUCUGGCCGGCCCCUCCUUUGCCAGCUUUUACACUUCACUCAGCUUUAACUGGCAGCGCCUCGCUGGAGCGAAAGUGCUUCAAAUCGAGGGUAUGGAUCCAUACGACUACGUGGACAUGGUCGCGGAUACGGUAACGGGGAACUACUUGGAUCAUGGUGUCCGCGUGAACAGCGUAUUCAGCGGAUACAGACUCGUCGGCUCUUCUUUCUCACAGAAAUUUGGUGACCUCGCCGGUCAGGAAUUUUCUCAGAUUCAAAACAUCACUUUCACAGUCAUCACUGCCAACUCCACCCAGCAAGAGACAGUCACAGUCCCGUUUCUUGCCGUGUUCAUGGGCUCCUCUUUCACAGACAAGGAUUCGUAUUGGGCGAAUAAUUGCGUUGCAGAUAGCAGUACAAACGGCGUUGACAUGCGCCUCUCCUCCAACUUGCUAGGCUCAUGGAAGAAACAACCAGCGAAAGGAGUCGGAAGGCCGCCCGCUGACGCUAUCGGUCUGCCAACUGAAUUUCAGCCGUCACUUCCCACUAUAGUGAACGACUCUUCCGGCGUGAUCAAAUCGUACCUCCUCCCUGACGGCAUCACCGGAGUCAUGUUCGUCGGCUCAUUCUCCGACAAUUUCUUGCAAUUUGAGACGGAUGUAUCCUCUGCUAUCUCUGCCUUCAAGGCGGCGGGUAUCACUAGGUUGUUGGUCGACGUCACGAACAAUGCAGGUGGAUUUAUCUGCAACGGGGUAUUCCUCCACCAAUAUCUCUCAGGAUCGAACUUUGGCUACGGGGGAUUCCAGACAAGCAUUCGUGCCAAUCCACUGGCCCAGAAGAUUGUAGAGGGGAACAUCAAUCAAAGUUUGACCGCAAGCCUUGACUUCUACAGCCCGGAUAACUGGGCCUUCCUCAACGACACGAAGUUCCCCAUCAACUUCAAUUAUGUUAAUCCAUCUGACAUAUGUACGCCUUACCAGGUCCCGCUUCCUGCAACUCCGCCUUUUGACCUCAAGAACGUAGCGAUCGUGAGCAACGGGAAUUGUGCUUCCACCUGCGCGCAGUUCACUACUCUAAUGAACGAGCGCCAUAACACAACCAUCGCAGUAUUUGGAGGCCGGCCGGGGCAGAACAUGGAGUUCAAGGGAAUGGCAGGAAACCAGGUACUCGAGUGGACUGAACUUGAUUCGGAGAUCAAAACCGCCGGCUUGAAGAAUGAUGCGUUGGCUCCCCCCGACUUGAUUGUUUCCGCGAACAUGCGGCACAACUGGAGGACAGCCUGGAGCUAUUCCAAUGAGGCCGAACCGAUAGCAUAUGUUUCAGAGCUUCCCAAGCUUCGCUUCCCAUACACUCCGGAUACCUACAACAACCCCCAGAAUCUGUGGACCUUCGCGUAA